CGCGCGCGCGCAAGGAUGUCCGUUAUUGCCAGGCUGCGCGCGCGCGCCUAGCGAGGCAAGCGGGAGAGGAGUGAGCGCGCGGGGGGGACUGGCGGCCCUCAGAUACCGACGAGCACGAGGCGGUUACCCGCUUCCCUUUCCCGUAAGAAGAGGCGACGCUUCGGCUGCGCCGGCCUCGGAGGAGAAGAGCGUGUGAGAGAGAGGCGGUGCGCUUGAGCUCGCCCCUGGGCGAAGCGACCGCGGCGUCGGCUUCGACAUCUUCUAGGCCGCUGUGGGCGGGGCUUAUUCGGACUCGGCCGGCCCUGCCGGGUCCCGCGCGCUUUCAGGAUGUCGGCACAGGCCCAAAUGCGCGCGAUGCUGGACCAGCUUAUGGGCACCUCCCGGGACGGUUCAAUGUAUCUAUGCCUGCCUACUUCAUUCUGCAAGGGAGUGUCAGAAAGGCCCCGCAUUCGCCGAGCCGGGAUACUACCCGCCAGCGAAUCAAAUUCAGUGAUGACAGAGUGUGCAAAAGUCAUCUUCUCAACUGCUGCCCUCAUGAUGUCCUCUCUGGAACAAGGAUGGACCUUGGAGAAUGUCUGAAGGUGCAUGACUUGGCAUUAAGAGCCGAUUAUGAAAUUGCAUCCAAAGAACAAGACUUUUUCUUUGAGCUUGACGCAAUGGAUCAUCUACAGUCAUUCAUUGCUGAUUGUGAUCGAAGAACUGAAGUGGCAAAGAAAAGACUGGCUGAAACCCAAGAAGAAAUCAGUGCUGAAGUUGCAGCCAAAGCUGAAAGAGUCCAUGAAUUGAAUGAGGAAAUUGGAAAGCUGCUUGCAAAGGUGGAACAACUUGGAGCUGAUGGAAAUGUGGAAGAAUCUCAGAAAGUAAUGGAUGAAGUGGAGAAAGCAAGGGCAAAGAAAAGAGAAGCAGAGGAAGUAUACAGGAAUUCCAUGCCUGCUUCCAGCUUUCAGCAACAGAAGCUUCGAGUUUGUGAAGUAUGCUCAGCAUAUCUUGGUCUACAUGAUAAUGACAGGCGGCUUGCUGAUCACUUCGGAGGAAAAUUGCACUUGGGCUUUAUUGAAAUAAGAGAGAAGCUUGAAGAACUCAGGAGAAUUGUGGCUGAUAAGCAAGAGAAACGAAACCAAGAACGUCUAAAGCGCAGGGAAGAGAGAGAGAAGGAAGAAAGGGAAAAGCUAAGGAGAUCUCGAUCUCAUAGCAAGAACCCUAAAAGGUCAAGAUCCCGAGAUCGCCGUAGACAUCGAUCUCGUUCUUCCUCACGUGAGCGAAAGAAAAGAACUCGCUCCAGAUCCCGUGAGAAACGUCACCGUCACAGGUCUCGUUCCACCAGUCGCAGCAGGAGCCGCAGCCACCAGAGAAGCAGGCAUAGCUCCCGGGACAGGAGCAGAGAACGCAGUUCUAAAAAAAGAUCCUCAAAAGAAAGAGCUUCCAGAGAUCAAGAACGAUCAAGAGACCGUAACAGAACAUCACAUGACAAAGAAAGGAGCCCCAGAGAAAAGUCACCUAGAGACCGAGAUUGCAAAGACAGGAAGCGUUCCUAUGAAAGUGCUAAUGGCAGAUCAGAAGACAGGAGAAGCUCAGAAGAGCGUGAAGCAGGAGAAAUAUAAUUGGCUGUACAUUCACUUGAUCCUUUAGCUUCCUAUGGAGUUGCAUACUGUGGUUUAGUUUACAGUUAUUCAAAGGGACACCAGUGAGCAGUUCCACACACUGAUCCAACUAGGGUAGAUGUACAGUGUAUAAAAAUGGUUAUAAUGAAGUCUGAAUUGACCCCUUUCAGUUGAUGACAGCUAAAGCAGUGUCCUUUUUUUCUCUUUUCCAAUAAACUUGUAAAACAUUAUUUUCAAAGAUCUCUCUUCAAAAAGACAACAAUUUUAUGUACCAAGACGUAGAUCUCAAUGUUUUAUUCUCCUUUUUCAAUACAAGUUAUAGUGAACAAACUAUAUUGUGCUCUUUGCCUUGGAUGCAUUCAAACCUUUAUAAACUACUCUAAUUUUCCUCCAGUCGAAACAGCAGCACUGAGUGGUUUUUAGGGAGGGCGGGUGGGUCCCAAAGCUUUUAAUUAACUCUGUAAUACGGUGUUCUCGGUUGCUUCUUGAGAGCCUAGGUUUGGCAGUAUGUUUUAGACGGGAUGUGUGCUGGAGAAAAUUGAACGUUUUUGGUUUUUUUACAGUGCCCAUUUAGACUUUGAAAUUGAACAGCUGUUGCAUUUCAUCCUUUUUAUUAAUUUCUAUUGAAACUUUGAAAUCAAAACCAGUCCCAUAUCUCUGUACCACUUGAUUGGUAUGUGUUCAGUAUACUUGGUUCUUUUUCCAUAAGAUUUUUUCUGCUUUUCUUGUGGGGUGUUAACUGCACAUCCUUAAUUGUAAAAAACAACAAACCAAUAAUAAAAUAAAUAAAUAAAUAAAUAAAAUAACAAUUUUGUCCCUUCUAGUAGCUUUGUGUUUCCCCACUCCUUCCUCGCAACUAAACUGCUUGUUGAUAAUGUCCAUGCUUUCUAUCAGGUAAAUUGUAUCUGGAACCUGCAUGGUGAUAUAUUGUUUUUUACCUGGAUGGUAACACUGUGUUUGAGGUACACAGUUGUAAUAAUAUAUCCCUUUAUGAAACAGACUAUCUGCAUUUUGAGGAACAACAACAUUCUGUUGCUUUUACAAUGGCAGCUUCCACUUGGGGAGGUUAAGAUGUUUAUAGAAUUUGCUGUUAGCAUGCCCACACAGACUUGCUCCAGUCUAGUCACAGCUCAAAAAAUUAUUUAUUGCUGAAGAUGUGAUUGGAUGAAUAUAUUUGGUACAUAUAAAUGUGUACAUGGCCUUCAUUUGUGUUUACAAAUAAACAUUGUUGGAGUUGGAGUUUGAACUGGCACUGUUUCCAUUAGAUUGAGAGAAGCUAUAUAAUUCAAUACCAUCUGUUAACUGUUGAGAAGGUUAUUUUCUUCAGAGUUAAGAGAGUAUAAUAAUGAGGCUUCUCAAAUUGAUUUGAUUUUUGUUUCAGUCCCCUUGCGUCAGCAAAGUUGAGCACGAAACCAUUGUUAAUAUUUUUUUAACUAGUUUGUUUUUAAUACUUUGUAUUUUAUAGUGAUGUUUCCUCAAUAAUUUUUAUUGUUUUUCAUUUAAAUACAAGAACAUAUAACUACAGUAACUUGUCCAUUGCUACAUUUUUACUAAGUUUCAUAUGCAGUGAGUACAUAGUACACAAGCAAUACAUUUACUUACGCAUUGUCAAUUGAAGUAGUCUGUCCGGAGAGAGUCUUGUGUUGAGAGUGGAAUAAAAGUAUAUUCUGUCUCAUUUAUAGAGGGAAGGAAAGGAAGUCAAGUCUCACCAAAAGUGUCCAUUCUUGAAGUGCUUUUAAUUAACCUGUGAUGAGUAAGGCAUUCCGAUAAAGCCACACUCCAAAUAUUUAACCAGAAGUCAAUGGCAAUUUCUGUAGAAUGUUUCCAAAUACUUAAUCUCUGCAUUUAAGGCUAUUUGAAUUUGGGUCUAAUAAUAUGUUGAGAGCUGAACUGGGCGAGGGGUUGGUGUGUAAUUUUAGAAAUAAUGUGAAACAUCUUUUCCCAAAAGAAGUAUACGAACAUGCAGCUCCACCUUGCAUGAAAAUGUGAGCCCCUCUCUCUGCAGCCUUUCCAGCAUAGGGGAGACAUACCGAUUUAUGUUUUGGUGAGAGAGUCCAGUGCCAGCAAAAGGUAAUUUUGAGAGAAGCCACCUACAGAUGAGCAGAGAUUACUCAUAGAGAUGGGUUGUGCCAAAUUGAUUGCCAUUUAUGAUCUGCCACUAUAAUCCCUAAAUUUCCCCCCUACAUUCUGCAGGCCUCCUGUAUCUCCUGUGUAUUGUUCUAAAAGAAUGCAAUAAAGAUUCAUCUCCUUUUA